ACUUGGUGAAACAACAUUUGUGUUUGACAGGUCUGGCAUAGAAGAAGUCUAUAAUGAAAGAGAACAUAUGCUCCAAGAAGCCAGCGAGUUAAUGAAAGAGACCUGCUCAACUACACCAGCAAAAAAGAAAAAAGUGGAAAACAAAGCGAAAGAUAUGAUUGAAAAGACACGCAAUGAAAGAGAGGCUAUGGCACUGCUGGCCUUUUCUGAUGUGGAUGACACUUUAAUCGACCAUGAUUACGGUGUUUGUGUUACAGUCGACGUUGACACAGAAAAUAAUAAUAAGUCUGUACAAGAUGUUGGAACUGCAAAACAGAUAUCUGUACAAGAUGUUGGAACUGCAAAACAGAUAUCUGUACAAGAUGUUGGAACUGCAAAACAGAUAUCUGUACAAGAUGUUGGAACUGCAAAACAGAUAUCUGUACAAGAUGUUGGAACUGCAAAACAGAUAUCAGCCCCCCGUACCAAAAGGAUGAACAAAAGUAAAACAUUGAGAAAAAAUGGCCUUGAUUACCUACGAGAAAAAGCGGAAAUAUCACGAGAAAUAAGAUCUGCAGAACUCAAGUUAGAAGAACAAAAAAUGGAUAAUGAAAAAGAAAAAAUUGCAAAUGACAAAGCAAGACUUGCCUUGGAGUCUAAAAGGCUUGAGGCAGAAAUUCAAGAAAAAAAACAUAGGAUAGAGUUAGAACAAAAGAAAUCUGAGCAAGAUGUCGCUGAAAGAAAAAACUUGAGUGACCUCAUCAAAACACAACAAAAGCUUAUUGAAGCAUUACU